AUGUCCUCCGAUUUCUCUGAUGCUGACAUAACUGCGCUUGUUCACGAAAAUGACACCUACCCUGAACAAGUGUGGUACACUAUCGCCGCAUUUCUCUUUGUAGUUGGCUGCUUCCAGUGGGGGUCACUCAUUCACUCCAAAUUCGCCAGGCGCCGACACCACGAGUCCGAUGAAGAAACGGCUACCACCAAUGCCAUUCAAUACAAAGUUUCUCUCCGUCGGAUCCCGCUGGCGAUCAUAAAUUUCUAUCGUGUUGUUGCCUUCCGAUGGACCCUGGAAAUAGGACAAUCCUAUACCCUCAACAUGGCAGAAGUUUUUGUGACUGUGGCAUACAUCGUCCUUAUGUUGAUCUACUGCUUCAUUAAUACCACCUCCGUCGAGGGUCAGAAGCUUGAUAUCGUCUACUGGAGCAACCGCGUGGGCAUGCUGGCAUCCAGUCAAUUUCCCAUUAUCACGGCUCUUGGCACAAAAAACAACCUCGUGUCUCUGGUCACAGGCAUCAGUUAUGAUAGUCUCAACUAUAUCCAUCGAAUGAUGGCUAGGACAUGCUUCAUGCUACUUUGGGUCCAUGCAGCGGGUGAAGUGGUAUGCUUUCCCUCCUUCCGGGAGACUUUGAACGAGGACUGGCUCCGCGUCGGUAUCACUGCCAUGGUUGCUUUCUCUAUUCUGAUCAUAGUGUCACUGCGUCCCAUUCGCACUGAAGUCUACGAGAUCUUCUUCUACACUCACUUCCUUGGCGCUCUGAUAUUCCUAGUGGGAGGAUAUUACCACACCAAGGGUGCUUUCGGGUCGUACUGGAUAUGGCCCUCGUUCGUAUUCUGGGCUCUGGAUCGCUUCAUCCGGGUGGUUCGGCUGGUUGUGUUCAAUCACUCUUACUUUGGCUUCAAGUCAGGAUCUGGCACAAUGGAUGCAGUAACAGAAUUGCUUUCUGAAGAUGUCGUUCGAUUACGCCUACGCCGACCCCCUCAUUUUCAUUGGUCCGCAGGACAAACGGCAUAUCUAAUCAUGCCCUCAGUUUCGACACUGCCAUUCGAAGCGCACCCUUUUACCAUUGCGAGUUUUGAUUCCAGUCUUCUGUCAACCGUGACAACGGAGGAUCAAUCAGGAAGUGAUGAAAACCAUGAAACACAGGAUCUGGGAUCAAGCGCUCCAUUCUGGAAGGAGCUAGUGUUUUUGGUCAACGUGCACGGAGGGUUUACGAAAAAGCUAAAGGAGGUAGCCGCAAGGAAAGGCAAGGUUAAGGUUUUUGUAGAUGGUCCUUAUGGCCCGUCACCUGACCUUGGUUCUUACGACACGUCUGUGUUGGUGGCAGGAGGGUCUGGUAUAUCGUACACUCUUCCGGUCUUCCUGAGCGUUAUCGAACGCGUACGCAAAGGGAAAAGCAAUUGCAAACGAGUGGUGUUCAUUUGGUCAAUACGCGGAGCUGGGUAUGUUCGAUGGAUCGAAGAAGCCCUUAUCAAGGCUGUUCAGCUCGCACCACCUUCCCUGACGGUAUCUAUCCGCAUCUUUAAUACUGGUUCUCCAUCAAUGGUAGAGAAUGCCCUCCCCAUGGAAGAGGAUUCCAGCCUUUCAAAUCCAACAGAGAAGAAAGACACUCCCGAACAAGUUGUGACAAGGGAAGGCUCUUUCACGUCGUCGUCGUUAUUUUCCUUGCGCGGCGUCAAGAUGGAAAGUGGAAGAUCAGAUCUUGAUGCACUGCUCAAAGAAGAGGUCAGCGUGGCCUCGGGGAGUAUGUCGGUGAGCGUUUGCGGAUCGCAGGGCAUAGCACGCGCGGUCCGUCAUGCCCUUCGUUUCCCAGUCUCUGGGCCUUCCAGUAUUCUCAGCGGGGGACCAAGCGUGACCCUGCACGUCGAAUCGUUCGGAUAUGCCUGA